AUGAACCUAUCCCAAUUGGCAUGUCAGUAUCUAGGGUUUGAAGUAUAUGCGACGUUGAGUGGUCCACUGUACAAUUCCUCGUCCGUCGAUACUCCUGCUCAAGCCGAAUCAGUGAUAUGCCCUGCCAACGCCACAAACAUCACAGACUGCUGGUACAGUGAGACUAAAGUUGGACGGACAACCGAGAGGGAAUGUGUAUCCAUUGUGUGUUGCCCCGUAAACCCGUGUAAUAUAUCUGGUCAACCACUCGGCCUUGAAAGUGGUGCUCUUCCCGAUUCGGCUUUCUCUGAAUCAUCCUGCAUCUCGGCGUCCUUCUGCAGCCGUUUUGGCCGCCUGAACUCUGAGACAGCCUGGAUUGCAAACCCGUCCGACCAAUACCAAUGGAUGCAGGUCCAAUUUGAGUCCAGUUAUAUCGUAACGGCCAUAACGACUCAGGGUGGAAAACUCUUUGGAAAGUGGGUGACGUCAUACACCUUGUCGUCUAGUUUUGACAACGUGGCUUGGACUGAUUAUUUGAACGUAUACACUGGAUCAAUUGAGAUAUUUCCGGGAAAUUAUGACCGUGAUAGCCAUGUGACUCACACGCUUGCUAGGCCGGUAGUUGGACGCUUUUUCCGGAUCCAUCCAAAGACCAAUGAAGGUGACAUUUCUUUGAGGAUGGAACUAUAUGGGUAUGGACCUCUAACUGAUGCCAUAGCGUCGCUGAACUUCGAAGCGAAAUUCGGUUGCAAUCCUCCUGUCCUAGGCGAGGGGCUUGGCGUGGAAGAUGGCCGUAUACCAGACUCUAGUCUGACCUCGUCAUCGAUCUGGAGUUCCGGUCAUGAAGCUUACAGAGGAAGACUGAAUGCCGUAGUCGUUUCAGGAAACGCCGGUGCGUGGGUUGCCGCCGCUGCAGCCAACAAUGAGUGGAUUAAGGUCGAUCUCGGCGAGGAUACUUUGGUAACUGGUGUUAUCACACAGGGACGGCCCAUAUCUGACCAAUGGGCUACGUCAUUCCGAAUCUCCUACUCAAGAGACAAUAUAAAUUGGACCUUUGCCUUAGAAAAGCAUUGCGGGGUACAAAAAACAUAUGCAGGAAAUUUUGAUGCUGACACACAUGUGACCAUACUGUUUCCUGAGCCAGUAGCCGCACGGUACGUCACGUUACAUCUUGUAACAUUUGCUAGACGGGCGGCUGUGAGAUUCGAAGUACUUGGUAUCAACACUUGAACCAUCACGAGUUGAUUUAAUGUUUCAUCAAAUCUUUUGUAUUCUUUUAUUUAUAUACUUAUUUAUUAAUUUAUCCAUAAAGG